CUCCAAAAAAGAACAUUAAGGACAGCUCUUCUUACUUUCUAUCACCAGUUGUUGAAGUAUUACGAGAAGGCUUUUCAAAAGCACCCUAAUAUAUCUGCAAACUCUUAACUGCCGCUCCGCAAGCUGUUCAAAAUGCCUUCUAUGUGGUUAUCGGAUUCCCAGAGUAAGUACUGGAUUCCUAACAAACUGAUGGCCGCGGACUACUUUGCGCCGGGUGGAAUUAGUCUUUUUCAGAACAUGCUACGCUAUUUGACAGGAUGUAUGCUAAUAGAUGCCUUGUUUAGAAAUUGGGGUGGCCUUCUGUUCAGGUGGUAGGUAACAUGCUAUGGUUGUGCUUCGAAUUUAGCAUAGCUAAUAAGGUUUUGAAAGGCGGGUUCUUCCUGAUCGGUGGUGUCAUGAUGUUUUUUGACAGAGCUAUGUAUGAUCUGACCUCUUGCAGCAAAAUUCAAGGAAAGUAAUACUAAUGAACUUUCAGGCUCGCGAUGGGAAAUGUGCGUGCCUAGGUGUCCUCCAAAGCUGGAAAGGGAGUUUCCAAGCUUACAGUAUAUCGAUAUAGAUUCUCUUUUUGAUCGGGUUAACCAUUAUCAUCGGACCUCAAAAGACCAUGAUGUUCUUCGCGCGGAAACAAAAGCUUAAAGGGACUGGAGCUUUCUUUGCCGGCCUUGCCCUCAUCCUCAUGAGAUGGCCCUUUACAGGAUUUCUGGUGGAAUUAUACGGCAUAUUUAUCUUGUUUGGCGACUUUCUAGGGACUAUAGCUGGAUUCGCGAGGAACAUACCGAUUAUUGGCCCAUAUAUUGGAGCCAUGGUUGAUAGGAGCGGGGUUGCGAUGAGAGGGGCGGAGUUGCCUGUCUGAAGAAAAUAUGCAGAAAGAUACCACGUAACCAUAUAAGAGCUAUGAAGGAGCAUGGAACAUGUUUAUGACAUUAUGGGAUGAGCUAAUGGGCUAAAUUCCGACGCUGCUACGAAGGUUUAGAUUGUAUAUGAAGAGAGAGCAUGGAAAUGGCAUACAUCGGGCCUCCAUUGACGUAUAGACUAGACGGCGGUUUGUAAAGUAGAGCACGUGCUCCUUUAUAAUUCAACAACGAAACGUGAAGAGAUAUUGGAAACCGCCAAAGAUAUGUAUUUGUACCAUUGAAGUAUUAAGACGUUGCCUUAAGCCACGUUGACACCAAUAUUCCCAACCUCGAACUGCAAUUUACAUUCUCCAAUCGAAACGUUGCCUGAGGGAAUGCUAUCAAAAAGAAAAGGACGAGAACGCCAUAGCCAACCAAAUAUAUCCAUUUACAUAGCCACGCAGC